UAACGCCUCUAGUGGCGCCGGAAGAGAUCUGCAAUCACCAUCGCACAAACAAGAGCACCUCUACCGGAAUUCAAGGCAAACUAGAUUUUAAACAUUUUCUUGAAUUUGAAUCUCUUUGCCGCUAGAGGCGCUGGGGAUGUUUCUUCCCCUCAUGGUCUUCCCCUCAUGGUGAUGGCAUGUUUUUGUUUACUUUUUGGUUUCUCUGCAAAAUUCUCUAAAUUUGUUUAGUUUUCCACACUGAUAGUGCGAUUUGUGCAAAGAAAAUGAGUCAGAAGAUUCACCGUGAGCGGCAUCAGCCGGAAUCUAGGAAACAUUUGGGGCUUUUAGAGAAGAAAAAGGACUAUAAAGUGCGAGCAAGCCAGUACAAGAGAACCAGGAAUACGAUAAAAGCCUUGAAAAAGAAAGCCCUCAACAAGAAUGUUGAUGAAUUUUACCAUCAUAUGAUCAAUCAGAAGCCAAAGCGGGACUUCUCGGAGAUUGGGGAGAGGAAGCCUAAGGAAAAGGUCACAGAGGAGGCUCUGCUGCUGAAAACCCAGGAUCUUAAGUAUCUUACAUCCCGGAGAACCAUUGAGACAGCCCAAAUUAACAGAUUGUCAUCCCAGCUACACGUUGUUGACUCUAAGGCCUCCCGGAACAAGCACACCUUCUUCGUGGACAGGGAAGAACUCAAAGAUUUCGACGUAGCCAAGAGACUGAACACGCAUCCAAAACUCUUAGGGAACAAGACAAAUCGCCUGACACUGGACCAAAUAGCGAAACUAGGAGAUUUGGAAGUUCAAGAAGACGAAAUAGAGCACAUCAACAACUUGAAGAGGAAGUCCUACAAGAAACUGAAGGAGAGAAUCAAGCGAGAGAAGCAAAUAGUCGAGGCACAUCUGAAGCUCGAGGAGAAGGUCUCCAAAGACAAGAAGAGGGUCAAGGAGCAGCAAGAGGGAUAUGAGGAUGAGAAGCCGAAGAAAGAACCAAGCUACGUUAGAAAGAAAUAAAAAUAUAUUUUCUCAAUAAAACCUUUUCAUCCA